CCUUAGGAGAGUGGAGUAAUGACAGAUUGCUCUGUUGUCUGCAGGCCUGGACUUCAAACACUUCCUUUCUCUGGCUAUCGAAUGAAACUCCCACCACUGUAAAUCAUCAUUGCACCAUUGGACUCCCACAUUGGCAUCACUUCAUGUGCAGCUGUGUGACUGACAGUAUGCAGAUCAAUUCCAGUGGCAGUGCUUGAGGACUGCUUAGCUGGAAAUAUGCUAAACCAGAGAUGGGGCGGACUGUGUCUACUCCCAGAAGAUACCAUUAAAGAUUAAAGAAAACUCCAAACUUAAAUUUCAAACAGCUCUGAGCUCCUUGUAGAGGCUGAUACUAAUUAAAACAUCAAGUUGUCUGGCAAUUAUUAUAAGGUAGUGACAAACACGUGCAGUGGCUGCGUGGGAAGGACGGUGAGGUCUGGGUCUGGGUUAUGGGAGAAGCCCCGGGUGACAAGCCAUAUGAACAGAUAUCAGAGGAGCUCAUAGCAGAGCGAGCCAGGCAACAAGCACAGAAGGAAGCAGAAGAACUAUGGAGACAAAAGGAGGCUGAAAUUACAAAGAAAUUCCGGGAUGCUAUGGCUCAAGAAAAAGCCAGAAUAGUAGCAGAAAAAUGGAAAAUAGAAAUAGAAGAUCGGAAAGCUGCCAAAUUGGAGGAGGAAAAAAUUCAGGAGGAACUGAAGAGAAGAGAAGAAGAGGAAAGACAAAAAGGUGAAGAACAAAUAAGGCAGCAGGAAGAAAUCCGAGCAAAGGAGUUGUAUUUGAGCCUCAAGCAAGCACAGCAGCAUAAUCAACACAGUGAUGAUGACCAGGAAUGGGAAGAACAGUUGCGCCGCUCCAAAGCUGCGGACGAGGAAAGGAGCCACAAAGCACGCAGGGCCCGGGAUGAGUAUCGACGGCAGUCCUUGCGUGCCAUCCAGAAGGGAAAAGUGGCUGGCCUGAGUAAUUUGUUCCAGGGGACAAGCCUGAGUAAUGAUCAGGAGAUAAAACUGAACAACAAUAGUGCAAGUCCUUUGCUGUCUGUCUCUGCAGCAUCCAGUAACAUUUGGGAGCGUCCUGCUAGACCCUUUUCCCGAGAUGUCAUCAUUCGCUGGUUCAAAGAAGAGCAGAUCCCUCGACGUGCUGGGUUUGAGAGGAACACCAACAGGAUUGCUCAAUGGUUUCAUGGUAUCAUCAGCCGCCAGGAGGCAGAAGAGUUGCUGAUGAAUAAAUCUGAAGGAACAUUCCUGGUGCGAGUCAGUGAGAAAAUCUGGGGCUAUGCAUUGUCUUAUCGGCAGCAAAGUGGGUUCAAACACUUCCUGGUUGAUGCUUCCGGGGAUUUCUACAGCUUCUUGGGGGUAGAUCCAAACCGACAUGCAACGCUGACAGAUCUUAUUGAUUUUCACAAGGAAGAAAUCAUCACAUCCUCAGGUGGGGAGCUACUACUGGAACCGUGUGGACAGCAGAAGAAUCCACCAGACUACAGCCCUUUAUUUGAAUAACUGAUCCAGGACUAAUAGGAAUUCAUUCUGGUUAGCUGUAGUAAUAGACAGUUAGAAAAGUAAACACUGGAAAGUAAUCAAUAAAAUUCCAAAGCCACUGGUCUUGUGGCCAAAACAAGUAUGCUCCUUAGGAGGCUCAAAAUAUUUCUGGUUUGUAUCUGAAUUACCAUCAUUAUUCAUAUGGCUAACAUUUUUAAGGUGAGAAAUCACUGGCAAAUUACAAUGAGGACUAUUCCCAGAAAUUUUUCAAGGGGUAUGGCCAAUUGUACUGAAUGCUAAGUUCCUCUCUUAAUUUUCUUAAUAUCUGAGAUUGAAAAUGCAAAAUCCAGCAAGAACUACUGGUGGGAACUAUUCAUGGAGCAUUGCGCGAAGUACCAAUAUUGGUGAACAGAGUCUUUCUUCCAAAGCAGGGUUUAUGAGGUUACCUUGACAAUCUCAUUACUCAGUGGUGCACUUUUAAUAACAAGAGCAGCAGUCUGAAAACA